UUAAAUUAAUUAUUAGCUCAAUAUUUCAAUUAUAAUCUUUGUCUCUCCAAGCUCUAGUUUGAUUCCUUCUUUUGCUACAAUGUUUUCUAUUUUUUAUUUUUAUUUUGAAAAUAAUUAUUGAAUGGGUAUGUUUGUCACUUGUCCUAUGUUAUUUAAUUUGUAUAUAAAUUCGGGUUGUGAGCUGUAAUUUGGUCAGAAAGAGGAUGAGAGAUAAAUAGCAUUUCCCAGGUGUUUUAAAUACAAUCUCUUCUCCAUCUCCAUCUCCAUCUCCAUCAUUUCCACCCAGCACCUCCCCUUAUCUUCUAAGAAGUCAGCAUCUAACUAUCUCUCAAAUUCCGAGAAAAAUCAAAUAAUCUCCAUUUCUCUUUCUCUUUCUCUUUUUUAUGACAGACUAUCCCAUGUUUUUUUAAAGGAAUAUAUAAAUCUUAAUUCUUAGGUCGUUUUUGUUUUGGUUUUUGAAGAACCCUCACAUUUUGUCUUUUACCAUUAAUGCAUAUACUUACACACAUGCUUUUAUGCUUUAUAGACGGGCAUAUAUAUAUGUACAUAUAUUAGUAUAUAUAUCCAUGAAUCUAUAUAUACAUGGUUAUAGGAUUGUUUACUAAAUAUCUCAGCUUCUUGUUGUUCUCGUUUUAGGGUUUCUUUUUGGUGGUCUUUUUUAGAUUUGUUGGGUCUCUUUGUUUCUUCUUCUGCUUGUUUAUUAUAUAUAGAGACACUAACUAGAGUUGUAACUAUAUAAAAAUGGAUUCUGGAAAGAUCUUUGGAUCCGAUGAGGAUUCUCGCAGCUGUGGUGAAUCUGGAUGGACAACGUAUUUAGUCUCAACCCAUGAUCAUGACUAUGAUAAUUACUCUGAUGAUGGAGAUAGCAGUGGUGGUGAUUCAAUGGAUUCUGACGCAUCUUCUGGUCCAGUGAAAGCAACACCAUGUCUCAAGCUUACUCAAGAGACUACGGAGCCAAACUGUUUGAAGAAAAAGAAGGCUACCGAAGAGAAGGUUUUGGUGGAGACUAGGGUUCACAACGACAAUGAUGAUGAUGAUGACAACCAUGAUUAUGAUGAUGGUGACAAUCCUGAUUAUGAUGAUGGUGACAAUCAUGAUUAUGAUGAUGGUAAUGAUAGUCACAGUGCAGUUCAUAGUUACGUUCGUUCGGUUUGAUAAAACGGGUUACUUUGA